CCAUCCGUUGCGUGUACGUAGCAUUGAAACAUCCAUCCAUCGAACAUCAUCCUUACCUUUUGUAUAUACAGCAUGUCCGCCGAACUCGCCGUCGUCUACGCCGCUCUCAUCCUCCAGGAUGACAACGUUGAAAUCACCUCUGACAAGCUCCAGACCCUUGUCAAGGCUGCUGGUAUCGAGGUUGAGCCCGUCUGGUUCUCCCUCUACGCCAAGGCUCUCGCUGGCCAGGACCUUAAGGCUCUUUUGUUGAACGUCGGUGCCCCUGGUGCCGGUGGUGCUGCCGCUGCUACUGGCGCUGCUGGUGCCGCUGCCUCCACUGAGGCCGCUGUUGAGGAGGCUGUUGAGGAGAAGGAGGAGUCCGACGACGAUAUGGGCUUCGGUCUCUUCGAUUAAAGUGUUAACUAAACAUUUUUUCCUGAAAUAAACUUCCUCUGAUACACACGUAUCGACAGUACAAAAUG